GUCGAAUAAAGUCGUCUAAAAAAAUCAUUGAGGAAAAAUCGUGGCACAUUUCAUCAGAAUUUAAUUUUGUGAAAAAAGUGAAUUAAUUGCACUAAAAUGGUCUUGGAUAUAGAGUUUUUCCGCAGUGAUAAAGGACAUGAUCCUAAAAAAGUUCGAGAUAAUCAGCAAAAGCGUUUUAAAGACUUGAAAUUAGUCGAGACAGUAAUCGAUGAAGAUGUUGCUUGGAGACAAAGCAGAUUUAAAGUCGACCUUUAUAACAGACUGAAAAAUCUAUGCAGUAAAGAGAUUGGCGAGCGAAUGAAGAAGAAGGAAGGUACUGGAAAUGAAGAUGACCCGGUAUCCAGUGAAUUAAUUGCAAAACUAGAGAAUCUCAAGAUUGAUGACUUAAAGCCAUUGACUGUUGCUCAAAUUAAGAAAGUUCGUCAAUUUGUUGAUGAUUCAAUUGUUGAGAAUGAGAAAGGAUUAGUCCAACAUGAAUCGACACGUAAUAGUGCAUUAAGAGAAGUCGGCAAUUGGUUACAUGAAUCAGUCCCUGUUAGUAAUGAUGAAGAUGAAAAUGGCAUUGAAAGAACAUGGGGAGAUUGCGAAGCUAAGCAUAAAUAUUCUCAUGUUGACUUAAUUCACAUGAUUGAUGGAAUGAAUGGCGAGAAAGGAGCCGUAGUUAGCGGUGGACGUGGAUAUUUCCUUACAGGACCAGCUGUGUUCCUAGAACAUGCACUUAUUCAGCAUUCACUUCAUAUGUUAUUCGAUAAAGGAUAUACACCUCUCUAUACUCCAUUCUUUAUGCGUAAAGAAGUUAUGCAGGAGGUUGCACAAUUGUCACAAUUUGAUGAGGAACUUUAUAAGGUUGUUGGAAAAGGAUCCGAAAAGACAGAAGACAGUGAUGAAAAGUACUUGAUUGCAACAUCAGAACAACCAAUUGCAGCUUAUCAUCGUGACGAAUGGAUUCCAGAAGCAUCACUUCCAAUUAAAUACGCUGGCAUUUCAACGUGCUUCCGUCAAGAAGUUGGUUCUCAUGGACGUGACACACGUGGCAUAUUCCGUGUUCAUCAAUUUGAAAAAGUCGAGCAAUUUGUGCUGACAUCACCUCACGACAAUAAAUCGUGGGAAAUGAUGGAAGAAAUGAUUGGAAAUGCUGAAAACUUUUGUCAGUCACUUGGCAUUCCUUAUCGCGUUGUAAACAUUGUUUCUGGCGCCUUGAAUCAUGCAGCCUCAAAGAAACUCGAUUUAGAAGCUUGGUUUGGCGGUUCUGGAGCAUUUAGAGAAUUGGUCUCAUGCAGUAAUUGCUUAGAUUACCAAGCACGUCGUUUACUCGUUCGUUAUGGAAUGACAAAGAAGAUGAAUGCUAAUAUCGAUUUUGUACACAUGCUUAAUGCUACUAUGUGUGCUACAACGCGAGUCAUCUGCGCUAUCCUUGAAACUCAUCAAACUGAAACUGGCGUUAAAGUUCCUGAAGUAUUGCAAAAGUACAUGCCAGAGAAGUACAAGAUAGAAAUUCCAUUCGUGAAGCCAGCUCCAAUUGAAGAAGAAGAGAAGAAAAAGGCAAAAAAAGGAAAGAAGGAUGCAGCAUAAAUGAACACUAAGCAUCAAGUUUACAACUUUUCUACUAAUUUAAUAUUAUAUCCUCUUUCCAGUUAAUUAACGCAUUUCCUUAAAGCAUUAUAACGCUUCAAGCUUGCUUUUAAGCAUCAAUAAAAGUUUAGAUUUUUGAGGAAGUUUUCUAAUUUUCUCGAAAAC